CGGAGUUGGGACUGACAACAUCGCAGGGGGGCGACUUCUCUUCACUCCGCCGACGGACAGCAGAAGUUGCAGAAGAGUCCGUCCCCACCACGCAUGCCUUUGUCAAGUCAGCUCGUCGUCAUUUUUUUUUUCUAACUUAAAAGCAAUGUUCAUUUUGAAUUUUUCUCAUUUCUUUUGAGGCAACACACACACACACACACACACACACACACACACACACGCACACAGAGAAACGCGGCUUGAAGGAGCAGGCUUCUGUUUUUUUGGGGAAUGCUUCCUCAGUUUGCUGGCAAAGAUCAGAGAGCGACAGUCCCAUCUGUCAAUUCACAUCUGAAGACAUGUUGUACUGGACUCUGCCUGACUGUAAAGUACUGUUGCUGAUCGUGCUUCUAUGGGACCGCCUCUGUGCUUCGGGGCUGAAACCCACGAGAUGGCCACUGUAUUCACAAAAGCCUCUGCUCCUCGCUUGGAAUGCCCCGACUGAGGACUGUGCCCCGCGGCAUGGUGUUCACUUUCAGCUGGACCUUUUCCAGAUUGUGGCCUCUCCCAAUGAAGGCUUUGUUCGGCAGAACCUCACAAUCUUCUACAGGGACCGCUUGGGCUUGUACCCCCACUUUAAACACGAUGAAACGGCGAUGAACGGGGGGCUGCCGCAGGUGGCCAGUCUCACCAAGCACCUGGAGAAGAUGCCGGAGGGGGUGCAGAAAUACAUAAGGGAAGUGGGGGCUAAGGGUCUGGCCGUUAUUGACUGGGAGGAGUGGCGCCCACUCUGGAUACGUAACUGGGAAACCAAAGAUGUGUACCGCAGACAUUCUCGUGAGUUGGUGCGUCAGAAGAACCCCACUUGGCCUCCGGAGCAGGUGGGAAAAGUGGCCCAGCAGGAGUUUGAGAUGUCUGCCAGGAAGUUCAUGCUGGAGACCCUGAGGUACGCCAAGAACCUGAGGCCCAACCAGCUGUGGGGUUUCUACCUCUUCCCCGAUUGCUACAAUCACGACUACAGGCGCACUCUGGAGAACUACACUGGCCGUUGUCCUGACGUGGAGGUGGCCCGCAACGAGCAGCUCAAAUGGUUGUGGACGGAGAGCACGGCCCUCUUCCCCUCCAUCUACAUGGCCACAGUGCUGCGUUCCUCGGAUUCUGGGCGUCAGUUUGUCCGGAACCGAGUGAAGGAGGGAAUGCGUCUGGCAUCAUCAGGCGAUGGGUUGGCACGUCCUGUCUUUGUGUACACCCAGCCCACCUACGCCAACUCCUUGGAACAGCUGACAGAGACCGACCUCGUCUCCACCAUCGGGGAAAGCGUGGCUUUGGGAGCAGCUGGAAUCAUCAUGUGGGGAGACGCAGCUUAUGCAAGCAGCAAAAACAGCUGCUCUGACCUGGACUCGUAUCUACGGGGUGCGCUGAGUCAAUACCUCCUCAACGUCUCCACGGCAGCAGAGCUAUGCAGCCAGACGUUGUGUGGUUCUCACGGCCGCUGUCUGCGCCGUAAUUCAGACAGCGAUGUCUACCUGCAUCUGAACCCCCUCAGCCACACCAUCGUCAUGCAGCGCGGUAAGCCAGCGGUCGUCGGUGAGCUUGGCGAAGAAGAGACGAGAAGUUUUCAAACCCAGUUUCAGUGCCAGUGUUACAGCGGCUAUCAGGGAGAGGGCUGCGAUCAGACAGACCCUCUACACCAAAGAGGGAAGGCAUCUCAAAUCACUACGUCAGCACUGCAAUGUGUGAUCUUACUGAUAAUCUCUCUGAUCCUCUGAUAAUACACCAUGAAUACUGUAGAUAUGACUGCGUUUUAUAAUACUGGAGCAUACGAGAUGAACAGGUGGGAAUUUUAAGGAGUGAGGAGUGUCCUUUUUUUCUUUCAAUUACUGUAAAAUAUGGAUGACACAAAGUGAAAUUGUAAAAGAAACACUGUGGAAAUUGCAAAGUAAUACUUUUAAUCUUUAUUUUAAACAAUGGAGGGCUCGCUGGAAAUGACCUUGUUUACAUUUUGCUCUCAGUGUCCUCUCGGUCACUGUUUCCCAAGGUGUCAAAUUCCAUGUUUUUCUGGGGGGGAAUGUUAGGAACAAGUGGAUGUGAGUCUGUAGGUGGGUGGUGAAAGUGGAAUUGAUGCACUUAAGUCUGUUUAUAGCACAAUAUAUUUGAAGUGCCUGAUCUUUUUUCAACAUGACAUCUGAUGUUUUUUUGGAGGCAGUUACAGUAUUAUUAUUUAUUUGAAUGUAUUUUUAGGUGUUUUAUAUAAUAUUUUCUUAUUUUUUUGUCCAAAACAUGACUACUAGUUUUCUCUUAAAACAGCCUUUUCUCUAUUUCAGAAGUAUUUUACAUCAAUAUGUAAAAAAGCAAAUACUUACACUUUGUAUGUUCCCAAAAUUUCACUUACUUGACCGUUUCUCUCUUAAUGCUGUUUUCUCAACUUUGACUUU